AAAGCCUUGAAUUCGAAGAUCUGUUCUCUCCCAUCCUUCCGUUUACAGGACAGACGGGAGAGAAAUCAUAAAAGAAAAAGAAAAAAACCAUCGCGGAAACAAAUAGCUCUCUCAGUAGCACUAUAUCUUUCCCCGAUCCAAAUCCCUCCUCUGAAUCUCUCUCAUUCUCUUACAUCCCACUGCGUUCCCUCAAAUUGUCACCUCGGAUCUUGACCUUUGUCUUCUCCCAUCCCUUCUAACUUUCGAUCUUCGGCUUCUUUCGUGAUUGAGAUUUCCCCGCUUCUGUUCUUAUUUGGAUCGGAUCGAGCUCCCCCGGAUAUUCACAAGGGACCAAAUCAUGAAUCCUUUCUCUUCAGGAACGCGGUUGCGGGAUAUGAUUCGAGCAAUACGCGCUUGCAAAACUGCUGCAGAAGAACGUGCAGUUGUGAGAAAGGAAUGUGCUGCCAUUCGUGCUGCAGUUAGUGAGAAUGACCAAGAUUAUCGUCACCGAAACCUGGCAAAGCUCAUGUUCAUUCACAUGCUUGGUUAUCCCACACAUUUUGGUCAAAUGGAGUGCUUAAAGUUGAUAGCAUCUUCUGGGUUUCCAGAAAAGAGGAUAGGAUAUCUUGGUCUCAUGUUGCUUCUUGAUGAAAGACAAGAAGUUCUGAUGCUGGUUACAAACUCUCUGAAACAAGACCUAAAUCAUUCAAACCAGUAUAUCGUGGGGCUUGCUCUUUGUGCUCUAGGUAAUAUUUGUUCAGCAGAAAUGGCUCGUGAUCUUGCACCUGAAGUGGAAAGAUUGCUUCAAUUUCGAGAUCCCAACAUUCGGAAAAAAGCGGCAUUGUGUUCUAUAAGGAUUAUAAAGAAAGUUCCCGACCUGGCAGAGAAUUUUAUAAGUCCAGCUGCUGCCUUGCUUAAAGAAAAGCAUCAUGGAGUUCUAAUUACUGGAGUUCAGCUUUGUACAGAUUUAUGUAAAAUCAGCACGGAGGCCCUUGAGUACUUUAGAAAGCGUUGCACGGAGAGUUUGGUUAAAGUUUUAAGGGAUGCUGUCAAUAGUCCAUAUGCACCAGAAUAUGACAUUGCUGGGAUUACAGAUCCUUUCCUCCAUAUCCGUUUGCUUAAACUAUUGCGUGUAUUGGGCCAAGGAGAUGCAGAUGCUAGUGAUUGUAUGAAUGACAUUCUUGCCCAGGUUGCAACAAAAACCGAGUCAAACAAAAAUGCAGGGAAUGCAAUUCUUUAUGAAUGUGUUGAAACUAUAAUGAGCAUUGAAGAAAAUAGUGGCUUACGCGUACUUGCCAUUAAUAUUUUGGGAAGAUUCUUGUCAAACCGUGACAAUAACAUAAGGUAUGUUGCAUUGAACAUGCUGAUGAAAGCUGUUCUAGUAGAUGCUCAAGCAGUUCAGAGGCAUCGGGCAACGAUUUUGGAGUGUGUAAAGGAUUCAGAUGCUUCCAUUAAGAAGAGGGCUCUUGAGCUAGUUUUUCUUUUAGUGAAUGACAGCAAUGUGAAGCCCUUGACAAAAGAACUCAUUGAUUAUCUGGAAGUAAGUGAUCAGGAAUUCAAGGGCGACCUUACUGCCAAAAUUUGCUCCAUUGUUGAAAAGUUUUCCCCAGAGAAAGUAUGGUACAUUGAUCAGAUGCUCAAGGUUCUUACUGAGGCUGGAAACUUUGUGAAGGAUGAAGUAUGGCAUGGCCUUAUAGUUGUGAUAAGCAAUGCAUCUGACCUCCAUGGAUAUACUGUAAGGUCCCUUUACAGGGCAUUCCAAAUAUCAAGUGAACAGGAAAUUCUUGUUCGAGUGGUGGUUUGGUGCAUUGGGGAAUAUGGGGAAAUGCUGGUCAAUGGUAUUGGGAUGCUUGACAAAGAGGAUCCAAUUACUGUAACAGAAUCUGAUGCGGUGGAUGUUGUAGAGAUUGCCAUAAAGCGCCAUACAUCAGAUAUCACCACUCGUGCCAUGUGUCUGGUUGCUCUUUUAAAACUCUCAUCUCGUUUUCCAUCUUGCUCAGCGAGGAUUAAGGAAAUAAUCAAUCAGCAUAAAGGAAACCUUGUACUAGAAUUGCAGCAAAGAUCUAUUGAAUUUAAUUCUAUUAUUGAGAAGCAUCAGAAUAUCAGGUCUUCUUUGGUUGAACGAAUGCCGGUUCUGGAUGAAGCAACUUAUAGUGGAAGGAGAGCUGGUUCAUUGCCGACAACUGUUUCAACCUCCAAGGGAGCUUCACUUAACCUUCCAAAUGGAGUUGCCAAACCUGCUGCAGCUCCUCUUGUCGAUUUACUUGACCUAAGUUCAGAUGAUACCCCUGCACCUAGCUCUUCUGGUGGUGAUUUUCUUCAAGACCUGCUUGGUGUAGAUUUGGCACUUCCAUCAUUAUCAGGCACAAGCCAGGCUCCAUCAAGUGGCGCAGAUAUGCUGCUAGAUCUUCUAUCAAUAGGAACACCUCCUGUACAAAACAACGUAUCAACGGCUGACAUAUUAUCUUCUGGUACCGAUACCAAAAAACCAGUUGUGCCAUUGGAGAGACUAUCAUCACUUUCUUCUCCACUUCCCACGCAAGUUUCUUCUGCAGGAGCUUCCCCAGUAAUGGAUUUAUUGGAUGGAUUGACCCCUAAUUUGUCAACCCCAGGAGACAAUGGUCCAGUUUAUCCCUCUACAGUUGCAUUUCAGAGUAGCUCCUUGAAGAUAAUGUUCAACUUCUCAAAGCAGCCUGGAAACCCACAAACAACAUCUAUCCAGGCUACUUUUACAAAUAUGUCUUCUAAUGCCUAUACAGAUUUUAUUUUUCAGGCAGCAGUUCCAAAGUUUGUCCAACUGCACUUAGAUCCAGCUAGUAGUAAUACUCUACCUGCAAGUGGUAGUGGGUCAGUUACACAAAGCUUGCAUGUGACCAACAGUCAACAUGGACAGAAACCUCUCGCCAUGCGCAUAAGGAUAGCUUAUAAAGUGAACGGCCAGGAUGUUCUGGAACAAGGGCAAGUCAACAAUUUUCCAGCUGGUUUGUAACGUUAAGGUUAGUCUGGUGUUAGAGUUUAAGAUUGUUUUCAUGUCUGCUGGAGAACCUGUUUUCUCUGUUCAAAGCCUGAGGGUGCAAUGCUGGUUUCCAUUUGAAUUCUUCAGUGUGUAAAUUUUAGCACCUGCCUCACAUCCAUGGAGGUUGGCUUUGGUCUUCGUCAAUAGCCUUAUGAGCAUUUUUUUUUUGUGGCUUAUGUACAUUAUGAUGUCAUGCUCUUGUAAGAGAAAGUUGUAGAACUUAAUUCUUCUUCCGGGUGAGAGGAAGCAUCAUUUGCCAGUCAUGUUGUGAACAUGAGGUUCUGUUUUUACAUGUUCUGUUCAGAUGUUUGAACUUUGCGGCUCAAUUAGAUGAUUGGACCUAGAGUGUGA